AAAAAAUCAGCCCUACUCUUCGUUUCUCAGCCCUCCUCAGAUUGAAGCGUGAGCCUGAACAUCUGCAUAUACUCGUCACUUCCCUCGAUUCCUCUCCUUUCUCCUACUCGAACUGAUUUUGGAGGUCUUAGACAUGAAUGCCUUCAAGGCCUUCAAAGCGAAUGUUCCAAUUGCAUGGAGUCCUAAUCUCUAUAUCACAUUAGUGAGAGGCAUUCCUGGAACAAGGAGACUUCACAGACGUACUUUAGAGGCCUUACGUCUUCGGAAAUGCAACCGAACUGUCAUGCGCUGGAACACCCCAACUGUUCGAGGAAUGCUUCAACAGGUAAAGCGAUUAGUAGUCGUUGAAACAGAAGAAAUGUUUAAAGCCCGUAAACAGAAGGUGGAACAGCACAAAUCUCUUCGAACGCCAUUAGUUGUAAAUCACCUUCCUGCUCCAAGUUCGGGUUCUUCUUGAAAACAUGUGUUGCUGUUAGAGGUCAGGUUUAGUUCUUAAGUAUUGGGAUGAUGUUGAAAAGAAUUAUAUUUGAGCAGCGUAUUUUUCUUGAAUUAUUUGACAAUCAAGUCUUUUAUGCUCUAUACAUCUUGCUGAGUUUAGUGACUAGAAUAACUUAUUGAAAUAUUUGCCUGUUCGAAAAUGGAAUGUCGCUUUUGAUGA